AUGAAGGUAUGCCAGGCCCAAUCCCCCGCGUCCGUCAUCGGCUACCUCCCGGUGCACGACUUCGAAGCCGUCACGAGCGCGCUCAACUUCAACACGCCCGAUUGCAACGUUACCGGCGGCUGCGAUCUGUACACGACCAAGUCGACGGGCUCCGAUAAGAAGCUCUACAAGAAUAUCGACAAGGAUCUCAGCUCCCAGCAUGCCGCACUGUUGAAGCUGGGCGCCAGCCUGUCGCCCCCUGACCGCGAGCACAUGCUAGCGACGUCACCCGGCAUGCAAAUGUUCUCGACAUCGAGCGCGUUUGGUCCUCUGUCAGAAUUGUCAAGUCGUCGCACCUUUGCGUACCUGAUUGCGACGCUGAACGCGAGCCAUCCACACUACGACUUCUCUCACGUCCUGCGGCCCGGCGACUUCAAGCGCGAGCGAAACCUGCGGCGAGUCAUGAUCAACCUCGAUUCGAUUCUGCAAAACGUGCGCCCCGGCUUCGAGGCGGGAUCCUCGUAUGACUCCUCACUGGGGAGCGACUUGACAUCAGUGUGGGGCCCGCAAUGCUGGUCCCUCAUCGACAAGGAGAUGCGCCUCAACGAGUGCACCAUCUUCAGCUACCAUCCCGAUCCUGACCCGUUCGAGGAGGACGAAAGCGCCAUCUGGGCCGUGCACUACUUCUUCUUCAACCGCGCGCUGAAGCGGGUGGCAUAUCUCUACGUCCGCGUCGUGCCCGUCAUCUCGUCGACGAGUCCCACCCUGCGGCCGAUGAAGCUGGGCCAUCACAAGCGGACGACCGACGUCGACUCGGACGGCGCCACGAAGCGCGCCAAGUAUUGGCUUGGCGACAGGGAUGUCGAGCUGGUACCGCCGUUUGAGGAUGACGAGGAGCAACACGACGAUGGCUUGUUCUGGAACCGAGGCGAAGACGGCGACCUCGUGGCCUUUUCGGACGACGACUACCUGGAAGACAUGGACGAGGAUGACGAAGACUUUGACGACGACGACGUCCACAUGCUCGACAAGGGUCACGACAGACUGAUGAGCGAAGACAUCGCAGGCCAAAUGGAGAUCUAG